AGUUUUAGAUUAAAUAAAAUGGAGAAAUCACAGAAACUGAUUUUAGACGAAGAAUUUUCGUCUAGUUUACCCGAGCCUAGACGAUCUAUUUUCAUCUACGAAUGGUUGACAUAUCUCAGUAAAGUUCUACCAAACGUAUCAAAGGAUGACGUGAAGACCAGCCAGAACAAGAUUGUUGAACAGCUGAUGAAUCUUGUUCAGCAGGGCUCCCCUGGUCCUCCAGUUAGAGAACUGUUAGCUGUCUGCCUCUCUACACUGUUCAGUGUCGGGGAUACAUAUCUUCUCUUUGAAACCAUUAAUAAAUGCAAUGAUAUUCUUAAGAGCAAGGAUGAUUCCCCGACCUAUCUCGCGAGCAGACUCGCUGCAACAGUAACUGCUGGAGCUAUGUAUGAGAGGUUGGGAAGAAUGAUGGGGCGGUCAUACGAGGAAACUGUUCAGGUACACUGUGAACCAGAAAACAAAGGAAUAGGAAGACUAAUGUUGGAGUUUGCCACUUUUCUUUAUACCACAGAAUUUGAAAGCCUGUGUUCUCUGUGCCUGCGGGCACUGGAUUCCACGACAUACCAAGCCAGACUAACUAUUGCCAAACUACUAGGAACAUUGGUAGCAUACACCCAAGGAGUUGGAUCAGGGAAGGGCAGUUUGCUUGGGAUUGUUACUCAGCAGUCCAGGAAAUCAUCUAAAUCUAUUGAAGAAGCUCUUGGAUUGUUGACCCAAGGGUUUCUACGGGGUGGAGUGGGUAGUUUCCUGAAAGGAGGAGGAUCUGCUGUUAGCCCUGAGGUCAGGGUUGGAGUAGCAUACUCCUUCGUAUUCUGCUUCAGAUGUUUGGGACAGAGUUGGGUGGAGAAAAAUCUAUCAGUUAUUAUAACACAGGUGUCUGAGCUUGUAUCCAGUCCAAAGUCAGGAAGUACUCACACUGAACUUGUGUGUGCACGAAAUUCAGUUUCUUUCAUUCUUUCCUCAGUGCUUGGAAGAAUGCUCAGGGAGAAAGCCCAGCUGAGUGCGUGUAAGGAACUGGUUUCCUCUCUACUCCGCAGCAUAAGUUGUACUACUGCAGACCAGGUUCAGAUGUCAGGUAUAGUUUUCAACUGUCUUCUUUCUCCUAGUUCAGCUAUCAGUGGAUACAGUUGCGGAUUAGCUGCACUUCUAGGUGCUGUGGUAAACACUCCUAAUGGAGUUCCUCAUACAAGAGGGAAAAUCAUCUUUAAUUCCGGAGAGGAGCUUCUCAGAUCUGCGUCCCAAAAUAGUAGACUAAGCAAGGAGAGAACUAGAGCAGGAUGGAUUUUAAUUGGAGCAAUCAUGAGCCUUGGAUCAUCAGUGGUUAAGGGACUUCUCCCAAGGUGCAUGCUUCUGUGGAGAAAUGCAUUUCCAAGAUCCCAGAAAGAUCUUGAGAGCGAACAGGCCCGAGGAGAUGCGUUUACAUGGUUGGUCAGUUUGGAAGCCCGUUCAGGUGCUCUAGCGUCAAUGCAUAGCUUUGUGGUCAGCUGCCCAGACCUACUUACAGAGGAUAUCCUUAGGAGACUAGGUGUACCCCUGGAAGGACUGUCAUUUUCUGCACAGCUGAGAGCUCCAGCUGCAACAGUUAGACUGAGGCUCCUAGAGGUGAUAAGUGUUCUUCCUACUUCCACGCUUGAGAGUUCAUAUACAUCCCUUCUUCGUCUUCUAGUUGCAGAGAUAACAUUAUCAGAUUCAUCUACAGUUCCUACAUCUACAUCCAUCCUUCCUUCCCUUCUUACUCCAGGAGACUCUGUGCUGCUAGGACUAGAUGUAGAAGAUGAACUAAAUAAACUUAUUGAAGAUCAACUUGCACAUUAUAGUGCUGCAGGAUCAGGAGCUCUCGAACAUGAUCCAUGUUUCCUUUUCCGGUCACGUGAUUCAGAAAACCUUCCACUUCCGCUAGUAAUGGCGAAACAUUUUUAUGAAACACGCCUGGAACCUGAUGAGUUCUCAGAAAUGGAGCUUCUCUGGAUAGACCGCCUGGAACCUAGAGAGUUACCAGAAAUGGAGUUGCUUCGGGUAGACCGCCUGGAACCUAGAGAGUUACCAGAAAUGGAGGUGCUCUGGGCAGACAGCCUGGAACCUGAUGAGUUCCCAGAAAUGGAGCUGCUCUGGGUAGACCGCCUGGAACCUAGAGAGUUCCCAGAAAUGGAGCUGCUCUGGGCAGACCGCCUGGAACCUGAUGAGUUCCCAGAAAUGGAGCUGCUCUGGGUAGACCGCCUGGAACCUAGAGAGUUCCCAAAAUUGGAGCUGCUCUGGGCAGACCGCCUGGAACCUAGAGAGUUCCCAGAAAUGAAGCUGCUCUGGGUUAUCAGUGAUGAGAAGAUAACUGCGGAUAUGACCUUGAAAUCAAUUGAAUAUCCUAAAUCAGCUGUUGAUGUAGCGAGCAGGACUGGACAUUCUUUGGCUCUAGGCUGCAUUCACAAAUAUGUCGGAGGUCUAAGUACUUCCCAACAUAUACAACCUAGUGUGUCAAUUCUUCUUCCUUUAUCACAGGAUUCUGCUAGUCCUGUAGUCCAGGCCUGGGCCCUGCAUGCUCUAGCUCUGCUGGCAGAUUCUGGUGGUCCCAUGUUUAGGAGUUAUGUAGAGCCCACAUUGACAUCGCUUCUAAAGCUUUUAUUAACAACUCCACUAACUCAGGCUGAUGUGCUUGUCUGCCUGGGGAAACUGCUUCAGGCGAUUAUUACAACUCUUGGUCCAGAGUUAUCUGUUUACGAUGCUAGUGUUACCGAGGCUAGAAACAGUAUCAUUCUAGCCGCCUCCAUCCUUCAGACUGGAGAGCCUCAUGUACAGUCUGAAUCUCUGUCCAGUCUUCAGCAGCUUCAUAUGUUUGCUCCAAGACAUCUAGACCUGUACUCAUUGGUGCCCAGAUUGAUAAAACUGUUACGAAGCAGUAGUCUACCUCUACGACGAUCAGCUGUCGCCUGUCUACGGCAGCUGUCACAACGUGAGUCCCGUGAGAUCUGUGAUAUAGCAGCUGGAGAAUCCAAUACAGGGAUUAAAGAUACACAUCAGGUUGAGAAUAUCCUGGCGUACUCUGAGUCUGGUUUACCUGGAAUACUGUUCUCAACACUAGACCAGGAAGAGGACAAACAGGUUUUACGGGACUGUGAAGAAACCCUACUGAGCCUCCUGGGAAACCUGGCCUCCGAGAACCUCAGCUCCUGGCUCAACCUCACAAAGGAGAUCCUCACCACAUCCUCCGAUAUACAAGAGGAGAGGAAGGAGGACAGGGAGGAGGUAGAUGAGGAUGAUGCAACAUUCACUAAAGGCGAGGACACCAGUGCCCAGGGAUCUGUACAACCCAGGUGGACUACACGUGUGUUUGCUGCUGUUUGUUUAAAGAAGAUUAUUUCCGACUGUUGUUCCGGAGAUAGAGCUCAUUUCGAUCUAUCCCUAGCUAGAGAGAUGCGUAUGGCUGGUGGUCAUCGAUCUGACUUCCUUGUCCUCCACUUGACGGAGUUGGUGAGAAUGGUGUUCAUGGCUGCGACCUCGGAGUCUGACCCCUUGAAGCUGGAGGGCCUGGAGACCUUGAGGGUCGUGGUAGAGAAGUUCGCGGAGACUCCGGAGCCAGAGUUUCCAGGACAUGUUAUACUAGAACAAUAUCAGGCUCAAGUUGGCGCCGCUCUUCGUCCGGCCUUUGCACCUGACAUGGCGAGCCACGUGACUGCACGAGCAUGUAGCGUGUGCAGUACCUGGAUAAGCAGUGGGGUAGUGAGAGAUCUCAACGACCUCAAGCGGGUUUACCAGCUCCUGGUCAGCUCAUUGUCUAAACUAAAGAAAGGGAGCAGCUCAAACUGCUAUAAUGAGAGUGCUUCAACCCUGGAGAAGCUAUCUAUUCUUCAGGCCUGGGCAGAGGUCUACAUUGUAUCAAUGAAUUCCGAGUCGGCUAAAGACACAUCGUUCGAGGAUUUCGACGAUGAUGAUAAUUUCGGGGACUUUUCCACAUCCCCACGGGAAGAGAACAGUUUGUCUGAACUGGUUGCUACAGAACUACCCAGUCUGUCAAAACACUGGCUGGCUGCCAUGAAGGAUCAUGCUCUACUCUGUCUCUCGCCUGAGUUUAAGUCCCAGCUUCCCUAUGAGGGUGGAGCUUUCUAUACCAACGAUACCAUACAGCUUGCCCGCCCACACUAUAAGUUGACCUGGGCGCCUAUACUGCACGCUGCCUGUCUCUGGUUAACACGUGGUGGUGGAUUUGAGAAUGUUCAGAAUGAAAAGAUGGAGUUAGAUGUUGUAGACUCAGGGAAUAUAGGGCUGGGAGCAGCUAAUGCUACAUCACAAUCUGACCCUUCGGAUAUAAACAGAUCCCGGUUCCAUCUUCUGCUGGGGGUCAGCCUAGAGGCGCUCUGUAGUCCUAGGAGCGGAGAACUUUCCAGGAAUCAGUUAUCUAGCUGCCUGGGAGCUCUUGAAGCUCUACUUGAAGGUGAAAUAACGAGGAAAAUGCUGGCUACAGAGAAGGGUAUUCUGGUGGAACUCUGUAAUGUACUGCACAGGCAGCUACUCUCUCAGGAAAAUAUUGGAACCCAGGCUAGAAUAAUGUCUGUUGUAUCUUUGGCAGUUAGAGCCGCAGCGCAGGAGUUUGCGGAUAUCAAGAGAGCUAAACUCAAGGAGAUAUACCCUGCCAACCAGGCUCUGACGGAGAUCCCCCCAGAGGUUGCUCUGCUGGGGGAGGGAGGAGAGGAGGGGAAUAUAAAACCUGGAUCCUCUCCUGCCUUUGCUGUGCUAGAGGUNUGUCUGUGUGUACUGGUGAGGUAUUAUCCAGAUGUAUCUCCUCGAGCCGCCAAAUCCAGCUCUGUUAUAGCAAUGCAGGCCAGGUCUAGAGCCAGAUCUAGCCAUGGGGCCCAACUGACUGAUGAACAGUUACAGCUGGUUUCUAGUUCUGUUCACACCUUAGCUUCAAUUCUGAGCCUCCAGUGCUAUCAAACUCUACUCUCAACCCAGUUGCUAUCAGCCUCCAGUGCUAUCAAACUCUACUCUCAACCCAGUUGCUAUCAGCCUCCAGUGCUAUCAAACUCUACUCUCAACCCAGUUGCUAUCAGCCUCCAGUGCUAUCAAACUCUACUAUCAACCCAGUUGCUAUCAGCCUCCAGUGCUAUCAAACUCUACUACCAACCCAGUUGCUAUCAGCCUCCAGUGCUAUCAAACUCUACUCUCAACCCAGUUGUGAUCACAUUCCUUUGCUAUCAAAAUCCGGAUCCGCAAAAAUAUGCAUUCGUGCUCCCUAUCUAUCUAUCUAUCUAUAUAUCUAUCUAUCUAACUAGAUGUCAGCUGUUGGAUAUUUAUAUUCCUGUGCUGGUUAACCUACUCCAGACGGAGGAGGCCGGGAUUAGUUCCAAAUCUCGCCACGAGAUGGCUCUGAUGCGGCUCACUCGGGUUGGAGCGCAAUACCCAGCAGAUUUCAAGAGAUUGUUGAGUUCUAAUGAAGAUCUAAAGCGCAGAGUAGAGAGUGCAGUUCUUCAGAAUCAAGCGCAGGAGCGCGCUAAACUUCUGGCUCAACAACAACAACAACAAGUUCAAGUUAACAAACCUUCAAUACAACUUAAAACUGAUUUUAGUAAUUUCAAAUAGGUAAUUU